AUGCUUCAGGAGGGGAUCUACAAUAUCACGAACGUCUCGACUGGGCGUGUGCUGGCUAUCGGGCCCGACGCGGCCUCUUGGUCCGAGCUCCAGCUCUGGGAGGCGAGACGAAGGACAGCCUGGUGGCGUUACACCACAGAUAUCCCUUCCGAAUCACUGCGGCGCUCAGGGAGCUCAACUAUUACUAGUAAGGGCGUCAGUGAUGUACAAUAUGAGAUUCACCUACAAGGCCUUGGUAUCAGCAUCAGAAACAGUUCCGGAGAGAAGUAUGUCGUUGCUCAAUGGGGGGCCAGCAGGAAAGGCGGGUACGACUUGAAGCCUGUAGCUGCAUAUGAUACAUCCCAGUACUGGACGUUCACAUACCAGCGUUCCCUGCAGGCCAACUAUGAUAGAGGCCAAUACAGCGACGGUCAGGGAAGAGGAGGCAGGUCCACGAGCACAGGCGAUGUUGUUGUCAAACCGGAGCCCAAGCCGCAAGUGGAUGCAGCGACCCAGGUGUUAGCCGAUGCGAACCGCCAGCUCCUGAAGCAGAUAGCAGCGAGCAAUGCCAUGCAGCAACAAAUAUGGAUGACAAUAUUAGCCCAGACUCUGGGCAACGGAGGCGGAGGGGGGGCGCAUACCAGUGGCGGACGGGGCCUUCCGAAUGCAUCGAUCAGUCCAGCCAGCUCCCGCGCGUCUAGCCCAGAUCCAAAGGAGGACCGUGACGAAUCUGAAGAUGAGGGCUCAGAUGCACCGACCGCGACAAAGCCAAUGCCGAAGCCCAAGAAGAAGGCAGGAAAGGGAGUUAAGAAGCCUGCUGGGGGGAAGAAGCCCGCGGCGGGGAAGAAGCCCACCGUGGGGAACAAGGUUGGAGGGACGGGCAGUAGGAACAAGACUGGGAAGGCCAACUCGAAAGGCAAGGGGAAGGCAGCAGCGCAGCCUCCUUGAGUGAGGAAGAGGAAUGCCUCGGGGUUUCGCUGACGUACUGGCGGGGAUCAUGAUAUCAUCCACUACAUAUUCCAGAGAUGCGCUGACGGUUCUCCGCGGGGCAGAAUAGAGAUGCCCUGCUGAAGGAGGAUUGAGAUCCUUCGGGUUCAAAAGCCCGCACGGACCAGGCGCGUAUAGUGUGAGGAUCUGUACAUGGUACCAAAUUGGCUGCUACUCCUGGAUGCCAGGGGCAAUCCUUUUUGCUGUCGGGUCAAGUAUCCCUAAAGGUCCUCUGUC